CUCUCUCUCCCUCUCUCCACUUUCGGUUCCACCCUCCACUUGACUGCUGAACUGAGACUGGACAACUGUUUAGUCAGGAGAGCACGCAAAGGGAUGAAACAGACUUUUUUUUCAGAGCUCACUCGGACUUAAGCAAUUUUGUUUUGUUUUGUUUUUUCUUAUUGGGACACUAGUCAUGUCUGAGAGCAUUGUGAGGAAGGUGCAGCCCUUUACCAUUGGGACAAGGCUGUCAGCUCCUGCUGUGCCAAAAUGUCAGGAUUUUACACAGAGUUAUCUACCCGGCGAGACUUUGGAUAACUGUGUGCUGCAGCACAAUCUGAACUCGCUCUACCUCAGUGGAUCACAGGUGUGUGCACAUGGCCCCUGUCUCGUCUCGCCGAUUGUCAAGCAGGUAGCCCCCGUGAAACACAACCAAGACCGGAUGGCAGCAGAGGACCAGCUGAACCAGAACGUUGCCUCUGCCUCUGCUGUCUCCAGAUCAAUAAAGAAGAUCACAAUCUCUGGGAACAAAGACAGGCCAGAGGACAAGAUGACAGCAGAGCCUGCAAUUACACGGUGCACAUCUGAGAACAACAAUAACAACAACAACAUCAGCAGCACAUCAGAAAUACAUCUGCCAAGGAUAGUGGGUGUGAGCUGUGAGAAUAAGCCCAGUUCUCAAUUUAAGGUUUUACUCAAAAAAGAGAGCAGUGAUGAAUUUCAGCCCAUGCAGGGACAAACCAGACCGAGAGUGAACAGAGAGAAAUCCCUACAACAGAUAUCAGUACCUGAACUGCAGGAGAACGAGCCUCAGAGGAAAGAAAGCCAUCCACGCACACCGAUUGAAGGGUCGGCAGCUGUUACACUCCCAAGUGACUGCUUCACUCAGCGCAACUCACUCUUCAGCAAGGAAGUACUGCAGGCUGAGGCAUGGAUCAAAGGCAAGCUACAGGACUUGAAGGAUGGAUGUAAUAUUCAGUGCUGCCCCCUGGAGGAUUGGGAAGACGCCUCACAAAUGCUUCAGAGAGAUCUUAAAGACUUUGAGAACACCCUGAUUCAACUCAACCAGAUGGGUGAGCAGCUGAUCUGUAAACUGAAUCCCACAUCUGAUUUGGUAAAGAAGCAGCUCAGUCAGCUCAGGGACCAGUGGCAGACCCUCAAACAGAUGGCUGCAAAUCAGAUGAGGGCUCUAGGAGGAGCCAAGAACCUGCAGGAAUUCAACAAAAAGGUGGACAAGCUGGAGGCAUGGAUUAAAGAGAAGUAUCAAGUUCAAAGUUCCUCACUGCAUGCUGAAGGCUAUUUCUGUUUAGCAUCUUGCUUGGUAGCAGAGGAAGAGGAACAGUGUCUGGUGAAUGUCCUGGGGGAAAAUGUUGACAAAAUGCAGUUGACUAGAAGAAUUUUAGAUCUGAAACAGGAUGAGCAGCUACACAGAAAUCUCCAUGAGGAAAUCAACAACUUGGCACUGAAACUGGAGAAACAAGGGAAGACAGAUAGCAAAAACAUAUCCAGCAGGAGGAAACACAUCAAUAAAAUGUGGCUGAAGAUGCAGUCGCAUCUGAAAAACUACCAUGAAAAUCUUCAUCUGGCCCUGGAAGUGUCCUCAUUUUACCAUCAGGCUGAUAAUAUAUUAUUCGCUAUAAACAGCAUGAGGAAAAACAUGUCUGUGUUGAAAGACGUGGACAGCUUUGGAGAUAGAGAAAUGCGUGAGAUCGCCAGUCAGAUCAUGAUGCUUGAUGUGAGUGUAUCCCAGCUGUUGAAUCUCCACCCCACCCUGGCUGCCAGUGUCACACAGAAGCAGAGUGAGGUGAAGGAUUGCUGGGCACUUCUUCAGAAGCUUUUCAGGAGUGACAAGACCACGCUCUCUCUCUCUGGCUCCACUUUCACCAGGGAAGCUUCUGACCUCCUGACACUGGCCCAAGAACCCCAGUGCAACAUGGGAAUGGAGGCAAAUGGUAUCAUGGGAAAGGAGGUGAAGGAGGAGAAGAAUCAUCUGAAAGGCUGUGCUAGUGCUGCUGACGGUGGGAGUGGUAGACGAACACAGAGCUGCCAAAGCCAGGAGCAGCAAUCAGUGAACCACACCUCUUUACCAAUGAGAGACAGCCCUGUCUGCACUGAUGAUGCUAUUGUCAGAAAUCAAUUGAAGGGAGAAAGCAGGAAGCCCAGAACAGAACCCAAGAUUGCCACCCCCUCUCCAGGCCACCCACAGCUUCACAUACAGCUUCAGAGGUUCACUGUGUCUGCUGACAAGACUUUGUCAUGGCUCAAAGACAACGUGUCCAUGGCUACACAGGUGUGUUCAAUAGCCAGUUUUGAGGGGCUGGAAGCAGCAAAGAGGUGUCAGCAAACCGUUGAGCAGGAAAUCCUUAACAACCGAGCCAGGAUAGAGGUGGUCAAAAAGGAGGGCCACGGGCUGGUCCGGGCACAGCACCCAGGAAGCACAAAGAUCGAGGAGUUCCUUGGCCAGCUGGAAGUCCUGUGGGAAGAACUGAGGAAGAGGCACCAAAGGAAUGCUGUCUUUCUCCAGGCCUCAGAAGAGCUGGGUUUUAGGGUUGUGAAAGUGCUCCAGGCCCUUGGCAGCUUGGAGGCCUGGCUGGAGUCUGUGGAGCUUUCCAUGAAGGAAUCUGUCUUAGCCGGUGACCCUGAAACAAUGAGCAUGGCUGAGAGGGAAAGCCGUUUGCUGGAGAAAGAGGUGGCAUCCCGCAGCCUGGAACUCAGUGCUCUGAGGCAGGAGGUGGACCGCCUUCAUAGUCACAGCCACCCACGUACACAAGGGCUACCAGCACGCAUGGAGGAGGUGGAGAAAAAGUACCACCGUGUCCAAAGUGCCCUGACCCAGCAGAGCUCUGAGCUGCAGGAUACACGCAUGCUGACUGAGUUCCUGGAACGUGUGGAGCUGGAGGAAAGCCAGGAUCUUAGUGGUAGUCAGUACAGAUUAGGGCAGCCUCUCCACAGUGAAAAUUCCCCACCUCCUACUUUGCUGACACUUCAGAACAGCGGCAGUGGUGAGCCUCUGAUAGAGACCAUGGGAGACCCCGUGGAAGAGCUACGAGAGGCUGUAGAGAUGCUGAAUGACACAGUGAGAGAAAGAGGUCGGUCACAAAGCCACGACCAGGCUAUCCAGGAGCUGAUGAGCAAGCAUGCCAGCCUGGCAGUGCGUGUGGAGGAGUGCGUGUGCUUCAGCAAGGAUCUGAGCCUGGACAUCCUGGAGAAGGAGACAGACAUGGCCAUCCAGUGUGAGCCAGAUCGCUGUGGCCUAGAGGCUCUGCAGGAGGAGCAGGACCACCUGGAGAUUGACUACGAAAUCAUCAGGGAGGAAGUAAAGGAGUUGCAGGACCAGGCUUCUCGACUGAAGGAUCUGUGCCCAGAGAGAGUGCACGUACUAGAUGCAAAAAUUCAGGCUACACUGCAGGCCUGGAACGAGCUGGGAAAGAGCGUGACAGAGAACAAAUCACGUCUGAAAGAGUUUGCGCAGCUCCAGGACUUCUUCAGGAGCUACCUCGCCAUGAUCUCAUGGACAGAAGACACCAGGUCAUGCAUUUUCUCAGAUACCACCUUGCAUUUUGGGAAAGACGGGCAGACACCACUGGUUGCAGAGCUGGAUAUGCAAAUUGAGCAAAAGUUUGAGGAGUUUGAUGAGCUGGCCGCCACAGGCAAAAAUCUUUUAGACAAGGAGCACCACCUCACACAGAUGGUAAGAGAGCGUAUGGAGGAACUGAGGAGCAUGCUUGGGUGGAUCUUGGUACACUGGAGGGCUCAAAAGCAACAGUGGCUCCACAAGAAGAGCAGACAGGAGCCUUCACAGGACAACAUUUACUUUGAGGCGACAAUGUGCCCGCCAUCGACAGAGAAUUCAGCUCCUGAGCCAGAGCCCUUCCAUUCCCAUCAAUCCCCAGUUGUCACCCCUACUGAAGACACAACAAAGGCAAGAAAUAGCCAGCCAUUGUGUUUGGUGCCCAGACAUGCUGAGAAACAUAAAGAGGAGCCAUCAGAAGAUGGGUAUGAGAUCAUGAACAGCAUUGGACCCCAGGAUGAUCCUCCUAAAGCCAACAUGCUGGUGCUUAAAGAGGGCAGCAGCCCUCCUGUGGGGGGAACAGUCAACCUCAUCCUUAGCUUUGGUAACACAGGGGACAGCCAGGUUCAGGUACUUGACCUUCCUGCUGGGACAAAAGAGGUAGUGGAAGAGACCUCUGAGCCUGUCCACAGGCCCACUGUGCCUCAAUCUUCUGCCUAUAAAAACUUUUGGAGGCGCUGCCAGGGGCUUUUGGAAAAUACUUUGGGUAGUUUAAAGCGAAAGAAAAAGAUUUAUCGGCAGAGUGCAAAUGAGGUAAGUACCUACUUGCAUGUCAAGGAUAACAACCUGGCUGCGGCCCCUGUGUAUGAGAGCAUCACCUUGCCCCGCCAAAAAAGCCGCUCCGCAGCCUCAGCCUCCCCGACUUUCUUGCCGUCCUCCUCUUUGCCAUCCUCCUCAGCACCUGCACUUCAGGGAACCAACGUAACUUUCCACAACACGACAGGGAAUGGCGGCAGCUCGAUCUUCAGCAGCAUCAAGAGAAUGGGCAAGAAGCGGAAGAGGAAGAGAGAUGCUCGUAGACACACUAUCCAGAAAAUCAUGGGAGUUGAGGAGCAAACAGAUGGGAUGCCUCAUUGUACCUCUCAGACAAUCACAUAUGACACACAUACAUGGCCACUGAAGGAACGUCGAAGGAAGAAGAAGAAUGGGGAUGGAGUAGAAGCCAUUGCCUAUAUGAAGAAUCCUUUGCUGAAGGACAUUGAUACAGAGUGUUCAGGGGAAUACAGCAUUACUCCAUAUGCUGUUUCAGCAGGACCAACCACUACACCCACAGCAGGUCAGGUGAAAAGCCACUGCAGGUUCCUCUCCUUGGGUUCUGUAUUGAGUUUUGAUCUACCUAAAGAUAUGACUCUCAUCCCCAGCAUUCAGGACAUCAUUACUAUUGCCCCUCCAGAAUCCAAAAAAGUAGCCGGGACUGAUCCAGACCCUCACUCACACAGACAAACAUUCCUGAGCUCUUUCAGACAGACUAGACCCACUCCCACUGUCACGCAUGACACUUCAGCUGAAAGCAGCUUUGCUGAGACGCAGCUAUCUACAUCCCUUGGGAAACAUCUUCCUGGUGUGGACAGCGGUUUACAACCUCCACCUUCUCCUUCUGUGGAGGAAGAUGAGGAUCAGACUGUACAAUGUAAUGAUUUGUCUAAAACCCAGGUGGCUCUUCGUGAGGAGGAAAAACAGGAGUGGGACAAAACAUUGUCAGAGAUUAAAACCAGCACAGCUGAAAAGGAUGGAACUGUCCAGCCUUCACAGCUCCAUAUUUAUGUGAACCAAGCCUCCACCUCCACUACAGCUAUACAUAAACAUGAGUGCCUUAGUGUUCAUACACUCAUUAGAGACCUAAAUGGACACCAGUACCACAAAUGUGCAAGACCCCACAGUUUUCAUGAAGAGAGUCCUGGACUUCAGUCAAGCCAAGCUUCCUUCAUGAGAGUCAACCUGAAGUCAACAAAGAGUGUUCGACAGGACUCUGUGGACUCUGGCAUCUCCACCUCCAGCAGCCUCAAGUUUUGCAAAGAUGAUGCUCCACAUACUGAUAGCCUGCAGCCUAAAGGAGUGGUGAGGAAGCUUAUAUCUCUUGAAGUGGGAGGUACAGACUGCACUAAAAUAAGAGAAAAUGAUUUAACGGGUCCACCUUCACGCUCAGCAGUGAUAGAAACAGAGCCUGUCCACCUUGAUCACCAGCAGUUUGAGGAAGAGGAGGAAGAACUGGAGGACAUCUGGAACCAGACUACUAACUACAGGCAGAGCAUUUGCUCAGACAUCAUGUACCAGCCCAAUGAGGAAGAGUCCUUACCUUUAGACCAAGCCAAAGAGACACCUUCAGAUACAACCCCAACUGUGCUCUACAGAAACCUCGUCACUGCCUCGGCACCCAACCUUCUUGUGGCUGAAUUCAAACUGCCCACGCACAUUCAGAACCUGCUUGGUUAUGACAAGGGCCAGAGUCCCAAAGAUCACCUUCCUCCAAUGUCUAUAGGAGACAGAAGGUCCUGGGCAGCUUUUCCUAACAGGGAGCCAGCCAGCAAGACUUCAGUGACAGUGAACGAGACUGCUUCGGAUCCAGUGAAGCUACCUGAUGUAGGGGACAAUCAGAGAUACAUUUAUCAGUACAAAGAGGAUGAGGAGGAGGAAGAGGAGGUAGAGAAGGCAAAGGUGGGGGAGGAGGCAGACGAGCACACAGGUUGCUUGAAGGACCCGUCAGUGAGUCUCCUGUCAGUUCAUAUGGGUUUGGAUGGGAUCAGUCAGCAAAGGAAAGCCUCACAGAGCCAAGAGGACUUGGAGAAACCUGAGGAGCAUGUGGCCUCAGGGUGGCACUGUUUCACCUCAAGUGGAAAACCUGAGCUGCAGUCUAUGGAGGGGAUGCUUGAGAGGAAGCACAAGCUGCAGCUGGGAGGGAAGAAAGCAGCCUCCAGAGGUUGGAACUCCUACCACGCUGUCCUAUAUAGACACACCUUGUGCUUCUACCAGGAUAGAAAGGAGACUCUGAGGAGUUCUGCAUGUGGCCUGCCACUGAACCUCAUGGGAGCAGAGUGUUUACCUUUCCCAGAAUAUACCAAAAAACCCAACUGCUUUCGAUUAAGGCUCCGUGAUGGGUCUGAAUAUCUGUUUAAUGCAUCUUCACGCUUUAUGAUGAAGAAAUGGAUAAUGAAAAUACAAGCAAGCACAGGUCAGACAGUGUGUAGAUCUUCAAUAUUAGGUGUCCCUUUUGAUGAAGACCUCCCCAGUUCCUUAAAGCCCCCCUUCUGUUUUGGAUGUCAUGAUCCAGACGGUUGCCACUGUUCCUCUCAACAUGAUGUCACCCAACCGUUUCCCAGGCACAACCCACCGGGUACCACCCAGACCAAAGAAAUUGUUGUCCUCACCAGAGAGUUGAAUCACAUGCCACAGAGUCACUUCAAGCGUUUGGAUGAACAUUUAAUCUCAUCCUCGGAUGCGGGCUGCUGUGAUGUUGAUAAAGGCAGCUUAAAGCAGAUGAUGACUCACGGACUCUCUGGAGGCUUCAAAGACAACGCCUCUUCCUCUCCCCACUCCCCUUUAUGCAGUGGUCAGGACUGGCUAAGUAGCAAGCGUCGCUCCCACUCCUUUACUUCAUCAACUUACCAAAAGAUCAAACCCAUGUUGCGCACCCCUGGAGGCAAAGGCCUGGAAACAGGCUCCAACUACUGUGUGACUCUGGUGGUGGGAGACAAGUCAACAGACAGCGCAUCAGCAAGCAGAAGCUCUGAGCCUCCACUGCUGGCUUUGGCUGGGUGGGAGCAGGACAGAUAUCAGGACGCAGCUCUGAGGAGCUACGUGAGCCUGCCGCGGCCACGCAACAAGUCUGUCUUCAAAAAGUUCUUUGGGAAAAGGGACCUCUGAGUUUAUCGAUGAUGAUUUAUAGAGAUUGAAAAAAAUUGUUUCGAAUGUGCAGUGCACAUAUUAAAAACAGUUACUACUGACCAUAUUUAUGAUUAAAAGACAUACCACAGUUUUAUUUUUGACGGAUUUUAUAGAAAUCACUUAGCUGGCUUGAAAGUCCUUAUAAUAAAUCGUUUUUAUGAGUGUUUAUAUUCUUUUUCGCUUUUCUUGUUCAAGCAAAAAGAAGAAAAGUGUAUGUGUGCACUGUGUAGUUGCAGAUUUGAAUCUGUAUUCCUUCUUUUUUUGUUUGAGUAGUAUUUCUCUUUUUUUGGUAAUCUUUGUAUAGAAACCCACCUGCUCAGCAGAGGGUCUGUUUAGAAUCCCAGUGGUAUCAUCUUGACCUGGUUAUGACCAAGUAUUCACCAUAUCCUCAACUCACAAUGCUCGUUGUACUAUUACAUCUUUACAGCUCCUCUGUUUCACAUGUUUCAUGUGUGUGCGCGUGUGUGUAUGAGUUUGUGUGUGUGUGUGUGUGUGUGUGUGUGGUGCACCAAAAUAAUUUACUUAACCAAAGAUCAGCAGUUUGAUACUGCCUGAGCUUGUUUGAUACAGAUACUAAUGUAGCAGAGACUAUUAAUAAUAAAACAUUUAA